GCUGCACAAUGGCGCGAUCGGUUUGUGCUUGCUCUUACUGCUGCCGCCGUCGUUUCUGAGCGGAGGGUCGGCCCAAAACGUUGGACCGUCCGUUGCGUGGGAUACAAAUCUCUCUGCACCGUCUCCCUCGUUCCGUAACCGCUCAGCUCUCCACGUUUCUCACGAAGACAUCUCGUAGUCUACGUGACGAAAGAGGAACAUCAACUCGACGGCUGGUCGAACACGAAUCGCGCGAGUCGUGAGGAGAAAGACACUACCAACCACCAUCCAGGUAGAAGCUAACAGGAAGAGGCCAGGUUUGAUCCAACGCACGCGCGCUAUUCGAAAAUCCAAUACACCCGAUACCAUCCGGGAAUUCGUUUUUCGAGCAGACGGCGGUUUGUCAACAACGUCUUUGGGGAUAAAUCGACUACGUCUGACCGUUUCAUCAUCCCAGACACCCGUUCAGGAACGUACGGCGACAACAGGAAGAACAUUAUAAAGAGCCUUCUUGAAAUACGGUCCUACUAUAUCAGAUACGAUCUCCGUCCAAGGAUCCAGCGGUAACACGAAGCAACGCUGCAUGGGCCCAAGCACAAGUGAUAUUCUUAACUAUAGUUAACUCGUAUCUACUACGGCGUUCUUAUCCAUAGAGCUUUCAGUCGUUAAUUCGGCCCGUUGAUAAUCGAUGACUGUCGCAUCUACCACGUUGGUAAUCUUGUGACGUGAAGUGUGUUCAUGGAAUUUUUCCGUUUAACGGUCGACUGACAAUAAUUACGAUUUUUAAAACUGUUCGGAUCCGAUGGAGCGCACGCUCGUUGCCUGAGACUAGAACUUUUGUUGCGUAUAAAAAAAAAGAAGGAGAAAUAAACGAAAGCAAGUCGUUGGUGGUAGUGUCGCGAGUGUAAAAGAAAAAUAACGGUGGGUGCGUGAAAACGGCACAAUAUGAGAGUGACAGCCGCCGCCCGGCAGCAUCCUCUACAUCUGCAAGUGACUCGCACCAACAAUGGAAAGUUUCUGUUCAGUCCGAACAAUAACCAGGAGAUCAGUCAACAGCCUACGAGCGACGAGACGAACCCGGUGCCGGUAGUCUUCCCUAGUUACGAACCGUUGCCCACCGAUCAUCAUGGACCCGCCAUACUUGGUGAUCGGUAUCUGCUUCUUGGUCCGGCCGAGGGGAGCGCUCUGUACCGAUGUGUCGACGUACACAGCGGUCAGCAGCUCGUCGCAAAGGCGUUGACCGUGGGCGACAAAGGUUGCGAGGCACUACUACAGGCACACCUUCGAUUAGAAGGUACCGGAGCGGCGAGUGGAGUUGCAGGCGUGGUGGAAGCGCCCGGAGGUCGACGGUAUCUGCUGCUGGAGGGCCACCACGGUGACCUGCACGCCUACGUAAGGGCGCGCAGGAGAUUGCGGGAACCCGAGGCUAGACGGCUCUUCCGGCAAGCGGCCAGGGCCGUGGCUACGUGCCACGAGUACGGAGUUGUGCUGAGAGACCUCAAGCUCAGGAAAUUCGUCUUCGCUGACGAAGCAAGGACACGGCUCCGUCUGGAGAGCCUCGAGGACGCCGUGAUCGUGGAGGACGACGAUGACAAAUUGACCGAUCGAAGAGGAUGUCCCGCGUACGUGGCCCCGGAAGUGCUACGCUCGGGAAGGGCCUAUUCCGGCAAGGCAGCCGACAUCUGGUCCCUCGGUGUUCUGCUCUACACGAUGUUGGUCGGUCGUUAUCCGUUCAACGACGCCGAACACGCAUCCCUAUUUGCGAAAAUCUCACGCGGCCAAUUCGCGGUACCCGAGGGUCUUACACCGCGAGCACGAUGUCUGAUACGUUCCUUGCUGAGAAAGGAACCGUCCGAAAGACCGUACGCCGAGGACGUACCGAGACAUCCGUGGCUCUCGAAGCCCCUUCGAGUCUGCACGGCAUCCAGCAGAUCCUCGUCUCAGGAUCAAAUCGUACCAGAGCUACCUAACAAUCCUCAAGACUGAUUCUUCCGGGAGAAGAACGUAUAUUCCGCGCGCGCUGAAAUCAGCUUUCCAUCUUAAUCCUCUAUUUGGCAGAGUGACGUCAGGAACCGAUGAUAAACUAGCAUAACAUGGCUUAGAUUCUAUGCGACAAACCCGGGGUACUGGUAGUGAUGGGAUCAAUCCUAUGACGUAACGGCGAAUUGAGUUAUUCAGCACCUAGAAAGUAUUGUAAAAUUGGGGUGAAUAGAAAACACUGCUUUAAAAGUGUGUUAAAUGAUCAAUCAAGCUUUGUUGGGAGAUGGGUUUAAGGCGCAAAGUAACUCAAUUUUGCGAUACUCGUCAAUAUCGAUACAUAUCAAUUCCCAAGUACCUGAAAUUCGAUACUUCUUAUUGAGUACUUCGGGAUCGAAUCAUUUGAAUGUCAUCAAUAUGUAUCGUAUCAGUCUCACCACCACCCGUGGUUCGUGAUACAACUAGAAAGGGAAGGAAUGGCGGAUUCUUCGUCCGAAAAGCGAGCCUUAAAUGCGGAAAACAAUGAUUUUGUGCAAGACGCUGUUUCCGGAAACAGCCACUUUUGAUGAUGACUCAUCGGCUACCCUCUUGUAUCUGACUUUCUCAAGGUUUAACUCAAUAUUCCGCGUAUAUAGUACUGCCCUCCUAGUUGUCUUGUAGUCAUCCCUUAUAAAUUGACGAAAUAAUUCAUAAACCGAAAAUUAAGGUGAAACAACAAAACGAGGUGAUUUAUAGAGAAAUUCUUAAAAAUCAGUUUGUUUCGAAACGCAGUUUCGUACAAAACAAAUUUUAUUCCGCAUGUUCGACUUACAUUUCUAUGAGGAAUCACUUUCCCGUUUGUACCACAAAUUACACAGAAUAUUGUAUGUAUAUUGGCGUUUAAAACGACGCGUUGUUGUUCCUUCGCAUGUGAUGUUAUGUAAGUGACGUGUAUCGGAUAGAAACUCUUGUCUAUGCUUUUGAGCACUGGCUACGCGUAAAAGCCAUGUUUAUGUAACGAAAGGAUACCAAAUAAAGGGUUAAAUGUUAGCUGUCGCAUCGAGGGAUACUCCGAUCCCGAAACUUGUUUUUGUUUCUUCGUUGCGACGUAAGAAUCCGGCCUAGGAUAAGAGUAAAUUUCGUUGGAAAACAUUGAAGAAGGUCUAAUGGGAGAUGAUCGUUGCUUGAAUUUUUUGUUAGUAGAGACCUACGAGCUGAUAAUUUACCAUUAGGAACUACGAUUCAAUGAAAUGUGAUAAAAGAAUCAUUUUGUUUAUUUGAAGGAGAUUUAAUAUCACAAUGAUAUUAUUAAUAAUUUUUGGUUAAAAAUUACUUUUUCCUUUAUAGUAGACUCGUAGGUAUUCGUAAUUAAACUCUUUAUGUAUCGAACUCGUUGAAAUGUUAAAUUUGGUGUUAUUAAAGAAAAGUAAUUAAACGUCAAUAAUACAAAAUUAAUUCGUCAUGAACCAUAAGUAAAUAGAAAAAAAACUGUUUCUACCGACUAUUUCGUAAAAAAUAAUAACCCUAUUUAUUACUGUCUGUUACGCUGUAUACCAAUUUGAAGUAGACUUUUUACGCGUAAAUUGUAAUAAUUUUCAACGAGUAAAUAUUACAAUUGUACCUCGGUUUUUGCCACUUUCCAUUUUGAACGAUUUCAUAUCAACAUUAUGAGAUCGUGAAAACUCGAUAUCGAUGGUAAACAACGUUAAACGAUUAAACUCCUGAUCUUCGCUGAUGGUUUGGUUUGAAGAAAGUACCAAGUGUUCUUCUAUUUGAUAUCUAUACAAAUUAUUUUGUAACUCUGCAAAGUAAGGUUGUUACGUGCAAGAUUACCGAAUGUGUGCGUUGAAUAUGAGUGAAAGAGACUAUUUUCUUUUAUAUUUUCUAAUGCGAUUCUCUGUGCAUUGAAUGCGGUCGUUUCAGUGCACGAUUCCUCGUAUCAUUUGAGUCAGGGUACAAUGGUAAGAGCGUUCGCUGGCGCUAAAAUGUAUAUAAGUUCGAUCCACUAAGUCCUACUAAAUCGUUAAUUAGAAACAUUAAUAAAAUGUUCUGUACAUAGACAAAUAAAGUGGCGUUCACGAUAAA